AUGCAGUUCACUACCGGCAUCGCAGCGCUCCUCCUUGCCGUCUCCGCGGCAGCCAUGGAAGCCGGUGGUGGGAAGGAGAAGGGUUGGGGCGGCUACUACCCUCCGAUUCCCAGCGACAUGACAAUACAAGAGGCAGCCAAGAAGUGCGGUGACCAGGCCCAGCUCUCCUGCUGCAACAAGGCCAUCCGCUCCGGCGACGUUACCGACAUCGGGGGGACUUUGAAGAACGUUAUCGGCGGCGGGUCUGGCACCAGCGGCCUGGAGAUUUUCGACCAGUGCUCCAAACUCGAUGUUCAAAUGCAGGAUCAGGUACUAAAUGAGACAGUUGCCAUUCUUGCGAUUCCUAUCGAGGAUAUCCUGAAUCAGCAAUGCAAGCAGAACGUGGCCUGUUGCAUGGACAACCCCGCCGAUGCAGACGGCGAUUUGAUUGGGGUCGGACUGGCCUGUAUCGCACUGGGAAGUCUGUUGUAG